AUGGAUCGAUUACCGAGAAUAUUUCCGCUACAACAACAACAACAACAACAACUCCAUGCACUGUCCCAACAACAACCACAGCAACAGCAACAGCCACAACAACAGCAACUACCUCCAACACAACAACAGCCGCAGGCCCAACAGCAACUUCAACAACAACAACCACCACCAUCCCGCUACUCAUCAACACUGGCGUUAACAGCAGACGCGAACGACUUAGAAGCCGAUGGAUGCUGCGGCAACCUUACAUCUAUCUUCUUCUUCUUCCUCAUCAUCUUCAGCAUCCUCCAAAUCGCCAUCGGCUGCUUGUGCAUCAUCUUCAUGAUCGUCGUGGAGCGAGUGUGCCAGCGGGAGGAGUUCGUAUGCUGGACUCUCCACCAACAUCUGGGAUAUGCUGUCUGGUGUGGCGCUUUGUUCAUCCUGAAUGGAAUCACGGGAGCUUUCUUUCACAAGACGUCCAAACGUUAUCUGUUGAUAGCAUGGACGACGACGAACCUGGCAUCAUGCACGUUCUCAUGCAUUCUCAUCACAUUCAGCAUCAUCGAUGCCUCUGCUCCAGUCAUGAUGACGUCAAAGAGCACGGACGUCAUAAAAACAGUGAUGACGUCAUUAUUGGCAUUGUUGGGAUUCGUCGAGGUGUUCGUGUGCAUUGCCAGCCUGGCCGGUGCGGUCAUCUUCUGGUGCGGCCG